AAGUGGGAAAAAAAUUAAGACCAAGAGUUGACCAAUAAGAAUACGAUGAAAGCUAAAAUGGUUUUAAAGGUUUAGUUACAGAAGACGACAGCAUUGCGGCACACCUAACAUGAUUUGGUAGUAAGUUCCAGAGGCCUGGAGUAUAAAAGCUAAAGGCAGUUUCACCAGUUUCUGUGGAGACCAACAAUAACCUGUCCCGAUGACCUGGGGGUCUAGCUGUCAGCGCUGUCAGAGAUCCUGGGGUAUAUGACCAUGUAGCGACUUAAAACAAGCAUUAAAAUGUAAUAAUGAAAAUAAAUUCUUAAAUGUACUGGUAGCCAGUUAAACGACCUCAGGACAGGUCAUAUUUCCGUUUUCUAGUUUAAACUCUGCAGCUGGAUUCUGGAGUAGCGUAGCUAACGGGUAUUUUUAAGUAAUUCCUGUGAGCAGCACGUUACAGUAUUCGAACCCUUAGGAAAUAAAAGUGUGUUUUUCAGCGUCAUUCUGGGAUAGAAAGAUCUUUUUUUAUCUAUUUUUGAAAUGAUGAAAUCUGGAUUUAACUAUGAUAAUGUGGCUCUUGAAAGUGAGUUCACCUUCUAGGAUGACCUCAGGAUCUCUAACCUGUAUGACACUACAGAGACAAAUUCAAAGAGAUUUACUGAAAGAGGUUAAAUGAUUCUGUAGAGCUGAGAGGUGCUGCAAAGUCAGACGUUAAUUCUUUUCACAUAACGAGUCAACUCCAGUUGCACCAAAUGUUCUGAACUAUCCAUAUCUGUUCUUAGGUGUGCUGAAUGAUGUUAAGAUUGUUACAGCAGCAGGUUGUCCAUGGAUUGCACAAGGACCCUGAGGCGUGCAGGCAAGAUUGUGGCUGACCCACAAACUCUUUGAAUCACUUAAACCCACCCUGUAUAUAUGCAUUACAUUAAUGCACUCCUGUUGGUUUUUCUAUCCUGCACAUUGUAAAUAUCUUUCCUGUACAGUUUAGAUCGAUCUUUCUUCAUCUUUAUUUGUUUAUAUUUUAAAAAGUGCUUUAUUUUUUCUGUGAUUUCUAUGCACCAAUGCAAAUUACUUCUAUGUCUGGUUCUAAUAAGAUAGCUCAAUACAGAGUAUAAGAAAAAAAACCUUACUCCAUAAAUGUAAGAUAUCUAUUAGAUAACAAUAUGUAUAGACAAACAAUUUGUGGACUAUGAAAAUAUAUUAAAAUAGAUAUUUUCUCAUUUUGGUGCUUGACGACUUGUAAAAUUUGUCUUAUCUUAGAAAAGAGCAAAAAUAUGAAAACAUUGGUUGAUCUCAGAAAUCAGUGGGUACUAGAAGUUAGGAAUAAAUUGUAGAUACACACAAAUAAGAGGAAAUCUGUUCUUUCUGCGUGAGGUCCAAUUUCUGAUUUGAAGCUUUACUGCUCUUUGUUGACUUCCUCUAUACGCUGACUCUGUGUGUGUGUGUGUGUGUGUGUGUGUGUGUGUGUGUGUGUGUGUGUGUUUUUGUUUGGACAGUAAAUCAGCUGAUGUGGUUUACUGUGAGUCAGUAGAUUAGUGCUUUAGGUGGUUCUCCUCUAAUCUGAACUGCAGUCUCAGCUUCACACACAUACCACAGAGGACACACCUGAGAGUCUGACUGCAGCACCAACACAACACAGUGAACUGAGGAAUAUGGACGGUGUCCCCCUGAAGAUGCCACAGGGUGCCUCACAGGAAGUUAAAGAAGUACUCAACGUUAUUGUCCCUGAUUACCUCAUCAUACUGCAGGAGACAGAGUAUGAGUUCAGUCUGGAGAACUGGGUGCUAACUGGGCUGCAGAGUGGCUUCACCAGCCAGCAUCUGCCUCAGCUGGUCUCCUCUUCAUCAGGACUGCUACCGUCUUGUCCGCCAUACUGGAUGAUGUUCAGCAGCCCACAGCAGAGCCGCCUGGCCAGCCGCCACUGCUCCGACUUCUGGGAGCCCAAUCCUCGACAGCGUUCCCACAGCCUCAACCCCGCCGUCCUGCGCACCAAGUUUGCCAUCUCAGACUCUGAGGAUGAAGGAGACAGUGCCAUAGAGAAAGCCAAGACAUGUUUGUCAGUGAAUGCCAGCUCAGACGGAGAGCGUCCUGCUGCUUCAUGUCAGCAUGGUUUGAGGAAAGCACAGAGAGCCUUCAUCCCAGACCUCCUGAACCCUCCAGCCUGCCUCAGCAGCCUGCCACACCAGCGCAGGAAGAACCUACGUCAGUCCUCCCUCUCAGUGGUGGACAAGUCCAAACGACAUGAGCCCAACACAGAAAGCCAAUCCAAGAUCCCAUCCUCACACAGGACCCCCGACACCAGAGCCAAUACAGUUAAAAGGCUCCUCUGCAUCAACAACCAAAACACAACACAUAUGAAGUCUAUCAAGCAAGACUCCUGUAGAACUCCUCCCUUGACCUCAACCCGCCAGGGUCUCUCCUCUUCUGCUUUGGACUCAUCAGCAGAGCUCCUGUCAGCUCUGAGCCCAGAGGAGAGAGAGCUGCUGGGGGCCAUCACUGCCCGGGGUUACCCCCUCCGUACUGCCAUUAUUGCCCUGCAGAAGACAGGCCAGCAGACACCAGAUCAGAUCUUGAGUUACCUGGUGGCAUGCGACCAUCUGUGUCAGCUGGGAUAUGAUAUUGCCCAGGUAGAAGAGGCUCUGGAGAUGUUUCAAAACUGUGAAACAAAGGCGGAGGAGUUCCUUCAUCUGCUGAGGCAAUUCAAUGAGAUGGGUUUCCAGCAGAACGCCAUCAAAGAAGUGCUGCUGGUCCAUGAAAACCACAGAGAACGGGCAUUGGAGGAGCUGAUGACGCGUGUGGCGUGAUGGCACAUCAAAAUACACACACACAAUUUACAUAAAUCAGAUGCAAACUAUAAUCUGUUAUUCACUUCAGGAAAAUCUAAAAUUUUGAUAAAGGCAAAGACAAAAUGACUAAACAUGAAGUUGGAUGGUGGCCUUCAAAAAUAUAUUGUUGAUAUAUGGCAGUUAGAUGGAUGAUGAUGAGUACAAUGAUAAUGAUGGUAAUGACGAUGAUAACGAUUUGCCCAUAUUGCACAUUUUAUUUGACCUGGCUAAACACAACAUCUACGGAACCCCUAAAGGGACAUGGGAAAAAAAAAAGAAACAUUUCUAGUGUGCACUAGAUACUAUCUUGUGAGCGCUAGAUACUAUCUAGAUACUAUCUAGUCCGCACUAGAUAGGAUCCUGUGUUGUGGCGAAUCAACACAUGGCUAAUUUUAAUAUUCAAAUGAGUAUUAAACUAAUUUGUCUGUAACUAAAAAAUAAAUGUAAAUUAAUCUGUAACCUUUUUUGUCAGUCCGCAUUUAAAUGCCCUGUCCUGCAGCUGGAUACUCAUUUGUCCUCCUUUUGAGAAAAUAACAAAAACGGUCCGCCUUUUGACACAUUACCUUGUUAGUUUAAUACUUAUUGGCUAAAAAUGUAUGUCAAAAUAAGUAAUUUCCUUGGUUACAUUUUCGCUCCUGACCUAUCAACACAUGGCUAAUUUUAAUAUUCAAAUGAGCCAUGUGUUUUUUUUUUUCCAUGUCCCUUUAGGGGCUCCUUACAACAUCUGUAUUAUCUGUAUUAUCUGUGAAAAAGUCUGAAGUUCUCUGAUUAGUUGUGACAGAUUUAUUAAAGAUUGACACCACCAAGACAA